UCCAGAAGCCAGAACUCAGUCAACUGAAAACCAGACCAAGUCUACUGUUCUUCACAGCUGCUUGUUUUGUUUACAAAGAAAUCAUCUAUUGGAAAACUGUAUGCAGUUUAAAGCAAAAAUGCAUCGGGACAAGUUGACCUUCAUUAAACAAAAGGGGAUUUGUUUCGGUUGUCUGAAAGUUGGUCACACAAGCAAAGACUGUAGGAGUCGUUUGGAUUGCAACUUGUGUCACCAAAAGCAUCCAGGGGUUCUUCACAUCGAGCAAAAGGAGCCAGGAGCCUCUUCAGAACAAAUCCAACAGACAACAAGUUAAAGUUAAAAGUCAAAAGAGCAACAAAGUUGUACAAACGUAUGCAUUUCUUGAUCCAGGAAGUUCAGGUACGUUUUGUACAGAAACUCUGGCAAAAAGUCUGAACUUAAAGGGCAAAAGGACAAAUAUUCUGCUGAGAACAAUGAAUCAAAAUAAGAUUGUUAAUGUACAAGUUUUGUCUGGUUUGGAAAUCUCUGAAUUGAAAACAAAUGACUUCAUAGCAUUGCCAGAUGUUUUGACUCAAAGGACUAUGCCAGUUUCUACACUGAAUAUUCCCCAGCAAAAGGACAUUGAUCAGUGGCCUCAUCUUAAACCUGUACAGCUUCAUAACAUCAAUGCAGAUGUGGAGCUACUGAUAGGAACUGAUGCUUCAAAUGUUUUAGAGCCCUGGGAGGUGAUAAACAGUGUGGAUGGUGGGCCUUAUGCUGUAAAAACUAAAGUUGGCUGGGUCAUAAAUGGUCCUCUGCGCAGUGGAAACAGCAGAAAUAAAAAUAUCUGCACUGCUGUAACAGCCAACAGGAUCUCUGUUGAGCAUCUUAAAGAAAUGCUGGUCAAUCAGUACAAUCAUGACUUUAAUGAAAGAUCAUCAGAGGAGAAAACUGAAAUGUCUAGAGAGGAUUUGCAUUUUAUGAAGAUUGUUAAUAACUCAACAAAACUUGUUGGAAGUCAUUAUCAUAUUGACUUACCUUUCAGGAGUGAAAGUCCCAGCUUGCCAAAUAACAUCUGUGUUGCAGAGCAGCGCCUCCAGAGCCUCAGGAGGAGAUUUGAAAAGGAUGCUCAGUACAAGGAGGAAUAUACUGCAUGUAUGAACAACAUGCUGCAACAAGGAUAUGCUGAGGCUGUACCAGCAGAUGAGCUACAGAAAGGUAAUGGACAACUGUGGUACAUUCCUCAUCAUGGAGUGCAUCAUCCCACAAAAGGCAAGUUAAGAGUUGUAUUUGAUUGUGGAUCAACUUAUAAAGGAGCAUCACUGAACAGUCAGCUUCUGCAGGGACCUGACCUCACAAACUCUCUGGUUGGAGUUCUCAUCAGAUUUAGAAAAGAGCCUGUUGCACUAAUGGCUGACAUUGAUGCCAUGUUUCACCAAGUGUAUGUCUCUGAGAAACAUGUCAACUUUCUCCGUUUCCUGUGGUGGAAAGAUGGUGACACUUCAAAACCUGCACAGGAGUUCAGGAUGUUGGUUCAUUUAUUUGGAGCAGUGUCUUCACCAAGCUGUGCAAAUUAUGCUCUGCAAAGAACUGCUGAUGAUAACGUACAACAGUUUCCAGCUGAAGUGGUUGAUACAAUCAACAAUAACUUUUAUGUGGAUGACUGUUUAAAAUCUGUUCCCACAGAAGAGGAUGCAGUGCACAUGGUGAAGAGUUUAACAGAGCUUUGCUCUAAAGGAGGAUUCAUGCUUUCAAAGUGGGUAAGCAACAGCCGCACAGUGCUCAUGUCAAUCCCAGAGGAAAGGAGAGCAAAAGAAAUUAAAAGUCUGGACUUGGACAAAGAUCAACUUCCAGUUGAGAGAGUACUGGGUUUACAGUGGAGCAUUGAAACUGAUGAGUUCAAGUUCAGAACAUCUUAUGCCAGCUAA